UGAUCAGCUGUGUCCAAUCACAGCUGAUCGCAUGGCACUGAUGAUCAGUGUAGCCCCAGCAGUGCCACCUGUCAGUGUCCAUCAGUGCCAGCUGUCAGUGCUCAUCCAUGCCACCUGCCAGUGCCCAUCAGUGGCACAUCAAUGCCACAUUUCAGUGCCUACCAGUGCACAUCAAUGCCACAUAUCAGUGCCCACCUGAGCUGCCUUUCAGUGUCACCCAUCAGUGCCAGUCAGUGCAACCUAUCAAUGCCAGUCAGUCCCACAU